AUGGCUACUCUAUUCGAAUGGUUUUUGUUUGUUGCUGUUCCGUUACAGCUUUCGGUUAACAUCUGGGGUCUCUAUGGAGCCCUCAAGACCCCUACAUUCGGCAUCUACUUUCUGUUUGCCCCAGCAUUGAUGACCUUCAACAUCUACGUGGUUGCGCUGACCUAUUUUUUGGAUCAGGGAGUUGGAAAUCGACUUCAUAUGGUGGGAACAAUCUACCAGAUCAUGUGUGUUGUCGGAUUGCCGCUCAACUUCGCUGCUGCAGUCAUCUGGACUGUGCGCCAUGGAGCGAUGAGACACAACAUACAACGAGGGACUUACGAGACGUAUUUCCGCGACAUUGUGUGUUUGAAAGGCAAGCGAGAAGCCGACUUUCUGAAGCAUCGGGAGGACGAGGCAGUGAGCGCAAGUGCCCGUGGCCUGUCCAAGUUUGGUAUCUGUCACCUAGCGCUGUUUUUGCACUGGGUCGUGUUUUGCAUUGUGGUUAUUACCUCAGCGUCUGAGGCGAGACAGAAGUUCAAGGCUCGGUUGCCAUAG